AUGGAGCCAUCACCUCUCACUCUACAAGCGCGUCCGGACGUCUUCCAACAGAAAGUCGUAUCUCUUUACCAACAACUAUUCAAGGAUGAGGACGAAGUCGAGACGACUGAGGGCUUCUGGAAGGAAUUAUUCCUCUUGAAACCAGACAAACCAGCGCUUCUGCAACUGAUUGAUUCCCUAAGCCCAGAAGACCUGCUACAAUUUCAGACUCAGACACAAGAACUGUUCACGAGAGGCAUAGGACACAUCCAGCUCGGAAUCGCUCCUGGAGAUUCAAAUGCUCUAGAUACGUGUACUGCAUUCCUAGCAGCUGUUUUAUCAAAGAAAUAUACCAACCCUAGUUCCGACAUAAUUAAUAUAUUGGCUGGCUUUGAUCAGGUUGAUGCAAGCUUGUCAGACUUUGUAGCUGCUCUUGAUCAAACCAUCAAGAUGGGAAGAUCUUUGGAUUUGCGUCUUAAGGCUAUAGAAGCCGCACUUUCAGUAGUCUCAGGCGCAUAUCAAACAAGUCUUCUUUCAUAUUUCACGCACCGUGACCUGUUCCCUUCCCUGAUGAAGUUUGUUCAAGAAUCCCAAACUUUAUCGCAUCCAGUCGGCUCCUUCAUACUUCUUGGGCUGUUGGCGAAUUACAAUAAAUUUGAGAUACAAAACCCAUACCAACUUCGACUAGACGACUUUGUCAAUGAAGUAACGAUACAGAAAUUAAUAAGAUCUGUUGGAUACACUUGUGCCAGCUUACGUGAUGAUUAUGUGGCCGUCCAGCAUGACCUACCAGAAGGAUGGUCGAUAAGCAAUACCUUGAGUAUGAUAGGGCUAGGUGUCUUAGCUCCUGUAAAACAAGCUACUCCAGCAUAUGACCCGGAAAUCACAAAGGAAAUGUUUGCAAAGCUACCGGGCAGUGAAGCGGCUAUUUUAUUAGCUACCUAUGAUUUUGUGUACGCAAACAAGCUCUUUUGUCUAAACUUCGUUUCUCUUGGUGCUGAGAAUGGUCAAGAGAACCCAAUAAGCAGUUUUCUUUCCCUCGCUUCGUACCUUCUUCAGCACGCCCACACAUCAAUUCGCACGGCGCAAUAUUCUCACCUCAGUCUCCUUAUAAUCUCACUUUUGGUUGAAGAUAAAGCUCUUUGUGAGCGUCUUUGUGGUGAAGACACCAAGACAGCUGUCAGAUUAUGUCGUCAGAGAUCUCCAUAUUUACCACAUGUACCAGGGGAAAGAAUAAUCGCGACCAGUAUAUUAGAUACGAUGAUAGAUGGCAUCAAUCAUAAUUUAAGAAGACGCCUCGACGUAGAUCUUUACAUACUAUGUUUAGGUGUCAUUUCUCGGAUCAUAUCGCAACUUUCGCGAUCACGAUCCCGUCUAAAAUACCACUGGUCGGAGCUUUUCAGGUCGCUACUUUCUCUCGUUAGGUUUCUUACGACAUAUACAGCAGAUCUGAAGAGCUCAAAUUAUAUCGAGAAACUACUCGAUGAUCUGGUGAAUCUUUUAGCCUUAUCGCUCUCUGCUGGAGAGUCGUUUUUGCCGAAUCCCGCAUCAUAUGAUGACUUGUUUUAUAAAAUUGUCGAAAUGGGAGAGGUAUUGGUUAAAUUCCGGGACAACUAUGAACUUGAAAAAAGGCCCACAAACUCAAUUGAUACUCUGAUCAAUGUUAGCACUCAUUACAAUCAGCUUUUACAGGAUGGAGCAUCGGGGCGUAGAGGGAGUCAGUUAACAAGUGCACAAGUAGCCGGUGUGAUCAAGCAGGGAUACGAAACAUUGAGCAUACAAGCUAAAGAGGGUUUAGACAGCUGGACUAAGUACAGGGAAGCUGAAAAAAAGGCGUUUAUGAAGAAAAUAGCCCGAUGUGUGGUUACAGAUAUUAAAAUCUAUAUUCGGGUAGAACUGAUCAAAUGA